UGAGAUCUCCUGCUGAAAAAUACGACUACAAAAAAUAGAUAGUUCAACAAGAAUCUGGUGAGUAAGAAGGAAGAUCAAAUGGAUGAAAAAGUUCUUGAAAAUUACCUGAGCUGCCAUGUGUGCUCAGAGACUUUCAGAGAUCCUGUGUCUCUGACCUGCAGCCACAGCUUCUGUUCAAGCUGCCUGCAACAAUUCUGGGAACAAGCUAAAAACAAAAACUGUCCAGUUUGUAAAAGAAAAUCUUCAAAAGAUGUUCUGUUUGUCAACUUUGCACUGAAACAACUGGCUGACUCCUUUACAGGGAGACAGAAAUCUGAAUCAUAUCUGACAGAAAAAGAAAAAGAGGAGGUGGAGGUUUGCAACAUACAUCAAGAAGGACCUAAACUGUUCUGUGUGGACGAGCAAAGAGCUGUAUGUCCUGUGUGUGACUUUUCUCUCCACCAGAGUCACAAAGUGGUUCCUGUAGAAGAAGCAGUCAGUGACCUGAAGGAGCAGCUGAAAUCUGACUUAAAGUCCCUGAAGGACAAGAGGAACAAAUACAAACAAGUGGAGGAAACAUACAAUGAAGUGAUUCAACACUCCAAGAAGCAGCUGUUGUCCACAGAGAGGCAGAUCAGAGCAGAGUUCAAGAAGCUCCAGCAGUUCCUGAAAGAGGAAGAGGAGUCCAGACUGGCAGCUCUGAGGGAGGAAGAGGAGCAGAAGGGGAGGACUAUCAGCAGAGAGAUGAAGAUGAUUGAGGAGCAGAUCUCCUCUCUGUCAGACAGCAUCUGUGCUGUUGAAGAAGAGCUGCAGAAACACAGCGUGCCAUUCCUCAGCAGUUAUAAAGACACUCAGAGCAGAGCCAGAGCCCAGAGCUCAGUGUCAGAUCCACAGCUGGUCUCAGGAGCACUGAUAGAUGUGGCCAAACACCUGGGCAACCUGUCCUUCAGAGUGUGGGAGAAGAUGAAGGAGAAGGUCCACUUCAGUCCUGUCAUUCUGGACCCAAACACUGCAAACCGCUGGCUCUAUCUGUCUGAUGAUCUGACCAGUGUGAGGAACGGAGACACAAAGCAGCAGCUUCCUGAUAAUCCAGACAGAAACACAAAUUAUGCCAAUGUUUUUGGCUCUGAGGGUUUCAGCUCAGGGAAACACAGCUGGGAGGUAGAAGUGGGAGAUCAUUCUCGCUGGAAUAUGGGUUUAGUUAAAGAGUCAGUUAAGAGGAGGGGGAAAUGUCAUGAUUCACCAAAAUAUGGAAUCUGGUGUUUAAGACAUCGCAGUGGAACAUACUCUAAUGGUGAUGGUCAGACUGUGACAGUGAAGAAGAGUCUCCAGAGGAUCAGAGUCCAGCUGGACUAUGACAGGGGGGAGGUGUCCUUCUAUGACCCUGAAGACAUGACUCACAUCUACACUCACAGAGACACUUUCACUGAGAAACUCUUCCCAUAUUUUUACAUUGGAAAGUCAGAAGAUGCCAAAGCCUCUGAAAUCAAAAUCUGUCAAACUAAAGGUUGACAGUGUGUGUUUCUUCAGUCUAACAUAAGAUUUUAGCUCGCAUGAUAUGAUUGCAGCAGAGUUGAUUUGUUGUAAAGGGUCAGAGAAAUUAUCAACCUGUCUGAUUUAAUAUUGAGGUUUUAUUUUGUUUUGUUGCUUUAUUGGAACUUUAUUUAAUGGAAUUGAUACAAAAACUUUGAUCAUGUCAAUAUCUGAAUGAUGCUAAUUUCUUUGGUUUUCCAUUUCUUUUAGUGUGAACAGUAACGUGUGACAUUUCUUAAAAGAAGAAUUAGUGAUUAAACUUGUGUCACAUCAGCGAGAGUGAACUUUACAACUAAAAUAUCUUGACUAUCAACAUCUUGUUUUCAAUUAAACAGCAUUUUAUUGUAUCAUAUCAUGUAUCACAUCCACAGGUUAAAAAUGUUUAAACAGUAAAAUUAUAACAUGUUUACUUCAGCAUCAUCUAUAUUUCAGUCAGAUAUCACUUUAACUACAAUUGAUUGAUUUGAUUAGAAACUCUCUAUAUGUGGUUUUCUAACUUCUAUCAGCAGCAGUUUUCUCUUAUACUUAUAUUUCUGGAUCUUCUGAUGUUUUAUAAUGAGGUUUUAAUUUUUAUUUAAAGACUUCAGUCUCAGUGUUUCAGUGAAUCAAAAAAGAUUCUACCCCUGAUUGUUAUUUUAGUGUUAUUGAGUACUUUGUUUAUUGAGCAUAACAAAAUGUCUCUGUGAAGUGAAGUAAAUCAAAUGAGGGGAUUCUUUUGUUGUAGUGUUUGACUGUAAAUCAGCUUUUCAGACACAUGCAGUCAUUAGUUCAUAUUUAUUCAAUACAGAAACUCACUUUCAUUGUUCUUUUUACUUUUAACUGAAUGCUUAGGGUAAAAGAUGAUUUGUUUCUGUUGGUUUGCAACAACUUGUGUGGUGUUGAAACCAUUAGAUUUAAUAAAAAACACAAUUUAUUUCAA